CAUGUUUUGAAACAGUUACAAGUUCCCACUUAGAACAACAACAUCCGCAUCGUCACUUCCGCUCACUGCCAGGAAACAUGGCGCUGCUUCUAAGGACCUUGGGCCGUCAGGGUGUCUGUCUCUCGAGACCUCAUUACCAUGUCCUCUAUAGGCAUGCCGCUCCAAUGGGAACCACAGCUAAAGAGGAGAUGAACAAGUUUUGGGCCAAAAAUUCCAGAUUAAACAGACCGAUGUCUCCCCACAUCACAGUUUACAAAUGGUCCAUUCCCAUGGCGAUGUCCAUCACAUUCAGAGGAACCGGACUGGGGCUCAGCGGAGCCAUUUCAGCCUUUGCCAUGGCAGCGCUGGUCUUACCUGGAAGCUACACCCACUACUUGGACCUGAUCCACUCGUUGUCCGUCGGUCCUUUACUAAUUGGGCUGGCAAAGUUCGGCAUUGCCUUUCCCUUGUCCUAUCACACCUAUAAUGGCAUCCGUCACCUGUUUUGGGAUGUUGGCAAAGGCUUCAAAAUUCCAGAGGUCUACCGCACCGGCUACACAGUCAUCGGCCUGUCCGCCAUCACAUCCAUAGCUUUGGCUUUGAUGUGAGCACAGGAGGAGAAGGAGAAAGAGUGGAAGGGAUUAUGGACUAGAUGAAGAGUGAAAGCUUUGUUUAUAUGUUGUGGCCUGCUUUCAACAUCUUUUCAUCAAAAUAAAAAAAAAGAUUAAAUUA